GAUGAAGCAGGAAUCCCAGGUAUACUAGUUGGAGUUUCUGUGGAUGGAAAGGAAGUCUGGUCAGAAGGUUUGGGUUAUGCUGAUGUAGAGAAUCGUGUAGUAUGUAAGCCAGAGACGAUCAUGCGAAUCGCUAGUAUUAGCAAGUGUCUUACAGUGAUGGCUGUUGCUAAACUGUGGGAAGAGGGGAAACUGGAUUUAGAUGCUCCAGUGCAAAAAUAUGUCCCUGAAUUUCCAGAAAAAGUCUACGAGGGUGAAAAGGUCACUAUUACUACAAGACUGUUAGUUUCACACUUGAGUGGGAUUCGUCACUAUGAAAAAGAUAUUACAAAAGUAAAGGAAGAAAAAGAAAAGGCAAACAGAGCAUUUAAACUAACAAAACCUUAUCAGGAUAAAGAACAAAAGGAAAAAGAAGGCACAGGGAUUGAAAAUGCUGAUUCUGACAAACCGAGGAAAGAAUACAAAGGAGAGGUAAAAAGCCGAAAUUCAAAACCUGGCAGGAGAGACAAGGAAUUUGAGCAAGAAGAGUAUUAUUUGAAGGAAAAAUUUGAAAGCGUGAUUGAAUCACUGAAGAUAUUUAAAAAUGAUCCUUUAUUCUUUAAACCAGGUAGUCAGUUCUUGUAUUCAACGUAUGGCUUUACUCUCUUAAGUGCUGUUGUGGAGAGAGUUUCAGGACAAAAAUUUACAGAUUAUAUGCUAAAAAUGUUUCGUGACUUGGAUAUGCUAUCAACUGUACUAGAUGACAACGAAGCAAUGAUCUAUAACAGAGCAAGAUGUUAUGUUUACAACAAAAAGGGACGGCUGGUAAAUGCACCAUAUGUGGACAACUCUUACAAGUGGGCUGGUGGUGGCUUUCUGUCAUCAGUAGGUGACCUUCUGAAAUUUGGAAAUGCCUUGUUAUACAGUUAUCAAGCUGGACAAUUUAAAACCAAUAAUGGCAAACUUCUUCCUGGAUACCUCAAACCAGAUACAGUUGCAAUGAUGUGGACCCCAGUGCCAAAAACAGAAGUAUCGUGGGACAGGGAUGGUAAAUACGCGAUGGGAUGGGCUGUAGUAGAGAAGAAGCAACAAUGUGGCUGUUGCAGACAGCAGAGACACUAUGCAUCUCAUACAGGUGGUGCAGUUGGGGCAAGUAGUGUCCUCCUCAUUCUUCCUGAAGAACUGGACUCUGAAGCUAUAGAUACUGGGCUAGUGGCACCACCUAGAGGAGUAAUUGUUACCAUUAUCUGUAAUAUGCAAUCCGUUUCACUCAACAGCACCGCCUUAAAGAUUGCAAGGGAAUUUGAUAAAGAAAAAUGGGCACAAUAUACAGAUUGA